GACUUAUCUUUCCAUCUAUGAUCAGGGGCAAGUAACUCGUAAGUCACCUGCUUUUCAGGGAUACCAACUAGUCAUCACCGAUAAGAAAUGCCACAGACAAUAUAUAGCCUACCAUGAUCCACUAUAGAAGUAUAGAUUGAGAGUGACGAUGUCAUCUAAACCUUUGACACCUGGUCAGCAAAAUUUUACCCGCCUAGAGAAAGUCUGUAUGGAUUUGAUAAAGUUUGUGUUGAAAGACAUCCUGAGAAGUCAGAUAAAACCAGAAGACCUGUACAAUGCCAUAUCAUCUGCUCCUGAAUUGACAAAUGGAAGUCAAAAACUGACACCAGAAGAACAACCUCUUUGCUAUGUACCCGCGCCUGAUGUUCCAGACUACAACAGGUUCGACGUCACAUUAUUAUAUAAACUAUUACGUAAUUUGUGUCCAUAUGUAGAACCAACACUAGGAUGGGGAAAGACACCCUCCCAAACGGCGAUACAUAUUGGUGACGACAUUGAGCGCUUUAGAGUGUUCAGAAACGAGGUCUAUGCACAUGCUACUUCACUUAAUGUGACUGGUACUGAGUUUGCAUUUCGAUGGAAAGAUAUAGAAACUCCUAUAAAGAGAGCACAGGCAUGGAUUCACUCCAAAGGUUUUUCAGUAAAUUAUGAGGAAGAGCUGACAAAGAUCAAGGACUUAGAGUUAGAUUCUGAAGAUUUGGAAAAGAACAAACUACCACUAAUAAAAAUCACAGAAAAUGAAGAAAUGGACUCAGAGAUUGAAAUUAUGUAUUUCAAACCGCGGAGAAUACUUGAAGAUAUACAAGAUGAGCAGGAAGAAAUUGACAACAGCUGUUUAAUUGUGUAUGGACCGGACUCAGGAUAUUCUUCGCGCCAUCCCUCCAAUCACGGGCCAAGUGAUGAUUUGUUUGAAGUGGACUCAGGAUAUUAUUCGCGCAAUCCCUCUCAAAGGUCAAUUAUGGAUGUGCAUGGAACGGACUCAGGAUAUUCUUCGCACAUUCCCUCCUGUGAAAUGCCAAGUACUGCAACCAAUUUGGAUGAAGGAUGGGACACAGGAUUGCCAACCAAUUUGGAUGAAGGAUGGGACACAGGAUUGCCAACCAAUUUGGAUGAAGGAUGGGACACAGGAUUGCGAAAGCGUUUACCUCCAUUCCCAAAUAUAGACAAGAUGCAUGACAAAAAAGACACAGAAUUGUAUGGGGUCAGGUGCCUCAGAGGAGUAAGCAUCCCCUGUCGACUGGUCACACCAACCGUGAGCCCUAUAUCUGAAGACAUAUCCAGAACUAAGAUGGAUAAAGAAAGACACAAAAGAUUGAUUACCAUACGGAAAGAGGUCAUUUUACACAGUUUCAAGGAUUGGUUACAACUGCAGUACAAAGAUGUGAGAAUUGUACAGACCUACAUAGGAACACAGGUGCACAGUGAAGAUUCCAUGCCGUCCGAGGAAGAUGUUAUAGUUGUAGUUAUUGAUGACGUAAAGGUAAUUCAACACGAUACAUUCAGAGAUUCUGGGAAAACAUGUCGUAUUGUAUGCAAACUUUGGCGAUAUCCAUCAUCUGAGGGCGUUGUCGUUUCUAAUCAUGACAACGAACGUGGAAUUCCAGAAAAAAUGCAAUUGAAACUUGAGCAAUGUUUGAAAGGAAACGCAGAUACUCUUCUUAAGAAGCACUCUAACCUAGAAAUUAUAAGUGUAUCAGCAUUUCGUUCAAAGAAAAACGGAGAAGAACUCGUGCCUGGUCCCUGUAUUGUCCUGUACUGCUCAUGCAAAGGAGUCGUACCAUACUCCGAGGAAGAAUUUCCCGAAGAAAUCGAUGGAAUAAAAACAGAUGUAAGAGAGGGAUUCUUUUACUUGUUUCCAAACGAUCAUUUCUUCAAAAGAUCAACAGACCUACUUAAUCCAUUGAUGGUUGGUGCGAACAUAGGGCGACAAGGUCAAAACAAAGAAGGCACUCUGGGAGGGUUUGUAACACUCAACAAUGGAGACAUAGGAACUAUUACUUGUUCUCAUCUUUUCUUUGAUGUUAAUAGUAACAGUGCACCAGUAACGGCAUUCGAUGUGGUACAACCGUCAUACGGCUACAAAUGCACAGAUGAAAUUUGUGGCCGGCAUGAAAAGUCUGUGUCACCAUCCGACACAGCACAGGGUGUUACAGUUGAUGCCUCUCUCAUAAGGCUGACAGAUCGCGUUCCACAAAGAGGAUUGUUUGCAGAUCUGAAGGCUAACGAUUUAGCAGAACUCGGUUUUACCCUCGAGAAACUCCCAGAGUAUUCUAAGGGAGCUACUCGAGAUUAUCGCAAAGAACAGAAGAAUAGGAUGAACUCAUGCAUAAAGUGUGGGACCGGAAGUGGGCUAACUCGGGGACUACUGCGCUUGAAUGGACUGGCAGGCAGAUGUCGUGAUACCACAUUCUCUCUGACAAACCCUCCAUCACAGUCCCAGAGUACUUAUCUGUCACAGUUAGAAAUAGUGGGGACGCCACAGAAAGCCUUCGCUGCUGCAGGAGAUUCCGGUGCACUUGUUUUCCAGGUCGAUCCUCCAGCCACGGAAGACGGGGAUGAUCAGCUGGUCUGCAUUGGAAUGGUUGUGGGUGGGACCUCUUAUUACACCACUGUUGUCACGCCUAUAGAGCCUGUACUUGAAGCUCUCAAUGUCAAAAUGCAUGUCUUUCCUCAAGUAGACAUGGAUGAAUCUUAACAACUAAGUAUCUUUGGUGGAACAUAAAAGAACAGCUACCGCCGCUGGUGAUUUGAAUGUUCAACAUGUGGACAGUUAUAGUGAUUUUCAUCGCAAAUCCAAAAUCAUAUAAAGCAUUAGUAUUACCCCGUGAGACCAGGAAUGUAAAUUUUGAAUUUUGAAUUUGGACCUUGUUUUUCUUAUUUCAUUCUUAACGUAGUCCCACCCUCCUGUGACGUCAUAAGAAUUUGCAAAAUCAAUGAUUUAUUUAGAUUUAUACAUGAUAGGAACAUACAUUUUGUUGGAGUGUAUUUUCAAUGGUUAUUGUAAAACAAAUGUUAUGAAGCAUAACAUAUUUCAAAAGUCUAACUUACAUAUAAAUAAUCAAUAAUAUGUUUCAAAAAUAUUGAAUCCAAGGGAAAUAACCCUGUUUACAUUGAAUCCUUCAUUAUGUUCAUUAUGUGAUAGAUGUUCACGAUUUUUAACAGACAUUUCGAAUAGUUUUGUAACGAAACAGUUUCAUGAAAUUAUUAUGAAUACUAUUGUAUCGUUUUAACCAAUUUUUGUGAAAUUUUGAUAAUGCUGUUGGAGAAAAAUUGCAAUUUUCUGACGUUGAUAUAUGAUAUUAUAUGGAUAUAUGUCUCAUAUCUUAAAACGUGUGAUGCCCAAUUAGGUUUUUUUUUAAUUUAUUAGUUUUAACGCUAAUAAACUGAAACAAACAAACAUUUUAAACUUUUAUCAGAUGAUACGAGUUUGGAGUUACCUUAAAACACAGACUUUGCCUUGUCUACCGAUUAUUCUUUUCAUGUGAUCAAGACAGAAGACUGACUCCGGGUGUGACCGGUCAACAGAUGAUGCUUACCCCUCCUUGGCAUCUGCACCACCCCAGAUGUGUCCAAAGAUCCAUGUUCUUUAGCAUGUGGAAAAUAAAACACAGCAUGAAUUAUUAUUUGUCAAAAAAUAUAUCGUAUGUGAUCAUUUUUAACACUUGGCAACCAAUGAAAUGGUUAUUUAAUGUCACGUGAUCAUGUCUUUUUGUAGCUCUCCAAAUGUAAGGAAGCAAUUGUUUUAAGUGAUUAUAGAUAUACACCACAACCUUAAUUCAGAUUUCAUGUGUGCCAUUUUCUCUUACCAGGUUUUGCUGAAAUUUGUUUCCUUUCCUCUUAUUAUUAUGAUUAUAUUUGUGUCUUGUGUAGCAAAAUUUUAAAGUGCCACCUUAUUUUUCUAUUUUAUGAUGUUUGUAUUUAACAAUAUUUAUUCUGAAAAACAUUAGGGAGAUCCCAUUGUGUAAACAGAUGACGAUGUACAGGGAUGUUUGUUUUGUUUUAUUUUAUUUUUGGUUUAUUGUUGUUAUGUGAGAUGCGGCGGAAAUUUGAAACUCUUACUUUGUAAUUCCUCUAUAAGCAACUGUUGUAUUUAUAAACUCAUGUGUAGUGAUACCGUUGAUUGAAAUUACUACUUCAUUAACAAAUUGUCAGCAAAGUUCCUAUUUUACAAUCUCUGUACCUGUAUUUUUAGCACAAGGAUGGACAGUUCUAUUGCUCUGGUACCGUACUGUCUGUUUAAGCAAGAACAUUAGAAUUUGUUUACUUUACGGAUGUAUAUUUAAUUGCUGUUAUAAAAUUUAGAAAUUCAUUUCAAAAUUAAGGAUUAUAUCUCCCUCAUGCAUAGCUCUCAUCCUUAGACGAAUUUGACUCCACUUUUUUGGCACGCUGUUUUUGGCUAUAAUAGCUCUAAAACUUCAUUGUUAUUUCGGAUUUCAAACAUUUCGGUUGAGCAUCACUGAAGAGACAUUAUUUGUCGAAAUGCACAUCUGGUGCAUCCAAAUUGGUACCGUAUAAGUUUUAUAUUCUAAGUGUCAUAGGUGGACAGAGUCAAUCGAAAUUGUUUGUUAUUGAAAAAUAAUGUAAAUACUCAUGUAUUUUGUGCUUUGAAAAAAGAAGAAAAAUAAAAGCAGAAAGAGUUAGAGAGUUGUUGGUAAACUCUGUACUUGUAAUAAAGGAUGGAAAAUUAA